AUGCGAACAAAGGACCUGAAAAACUGGGUCUCUUCUACCUCUUCUGAACCGCUCGAGCCCUACGACGACGACGACGACCUCGCCCCCUCCAAGAUGAACAGCGAAAACGGAGAUGCCGCCGCCGCAUCGGUCGAUCCGCUGCAGCAGUGGGACCACUUCCUGGACCUCGCCGACCGCAGCAUCAACAGCAGCAGCACAAAGACCCGCCUCGACUUUCUCGAGCGCCAGGGCAAAAAGGCCGCCAGGCUCGCCGACCUCGAAUCGGCCAGGCGCGCAGAGCUCCUCGCCCUCCUCGUCGCCACCUAUGCAAAGUACAUCGACCGCGACUCGCGCCUCGCCUCGCUCCAGCUCGCCCACGACCUCAUCUCCAUAGACGAGUCCAAGCAACCGGAGUCGGCCAACGGGCCCGUCAUCAAGUACGCCGUCGGUUGGCUCAAGCGGGAGGCCGAGAGGAUAUGCAAGCCCGGCAGCCCGUCGGGCUCGGCCGCGCCACUGGCCACCCGCGCCGCCCUCCACGCGUGGGUGUGCAAGGUGCUCGACGUGGCCUGCGAGACGGCACAGGCCAGGCAGCCUCCGGCCAAGCCAGAGUCUCUUCCGGUCUGGGAGCCCCUCGUCCAGAUCCUCGCCCUCACCUACGACUCGGUCCUUGCCGAUGGCGAAAGGGCCAAGCCCAGCAUCCGCAAAAACACCGUCGCCCUCACUCGGCGGACGCUACGAAGCUGUCAGACGCAGAUCCCGGCCCUGAUCUCUUCGGUCACCUCUUCCCCGGCCGGUGCAGCCGCAUUGCGGGCCGUACCGCUGCUGGGCGAGGUCGUCGGCGUGUCGGUCCGGCUGCGAGUGGGCUCGGAAAAGAGCAAGGGAGCACCGGACGGCGUCGGCAGGGGCUACGUCAAGGUCGCCAAGGAGAGCAUCCUUGCCUUCUACAGCGCCCAGGUGGUCGCCUCCAAGACGGCGGUGCCCCAGCAGGCGCUCGACGCCCUUUCCGACUUCAUCGCCAAUGAGGUCGACGAGCAGGAUGUCACCGGCACGCUGCGGCCCCAGCUGGAGAAGAUGCUGCUGCGGUCGCCCGAGGUGGCUCUGCCGGUGGCCAGCAGGCUGUUCGAGGCGUACCGGGGAGACGCCGGGCCGCAUGCCAAGCCGCUCCUCGCUGCCACCGUGUCGGCCUCGCGGUCGUCCAACGCCCUCACGCGCGCAAAAGCGCUCGACUUCUUCCGCGUCCUCACCCGCAACGCCUCGGACAAGGCCGCCGUGACCGCCUUGGUCGAAGAGAUCCUCGCCAUGCUCAAAGGGGGCAAGGCCGGCACGCCCGAGGCUCGCGCGUCGCUCUUUGCCAUGCUCAGCUCGGUCGAGGCCGGCGAGCACGCCAAGAGCGCAGCGAUCGUCGAGGCCGUCUCUCCGAUGCUGGCCAAGGAGAUCCAGGAGGCGUCGAUGCAGGCGGGGGUGCAGGCCGUCUGCCAUCACCUGCGCUGGUGCCUGCAGCAGGACGUGCAGCCCGCCGCCGCCGUCUCGCAGGCGAUCAACAAGGAGCUGCAGAACGCCAAGAUCCCGCUGCGCAAGGCCGUCUGCCUGGCCGUCGGCGAGCUCUUCUGGAGCACCUCUGCCGGAGAGGGACCCACCGCUGCGAGCAAGGCGUUCGCCGAGUCGCUCCUGCCUGGCCUCGAGGCCAGCCUCAAGGCGGCCUCCACCAACACGCUGACCGCGCCCGGCGGCCCGCUCGAGGGCUACGUCGCCGUCGCGAUCCUCGAGGGCAGGCUUUCGGCCUGGGGCUCGUCCAAGAUCGCCGCGGCAAUGGACAAGAACGCCACGCUGCAGACCAUUGUCGCCACCGCGCCAAAGCCCUCGUUCGUGCUCAACGAAAAGGUGGUCAAGAAGCUCGCCACGCCGGACGAGGAGAUCUGGCUGCUGCGCGCGCUCCAGGCGCUCGUCGAGCGCAGGACCAAGGAGUUUGAAAAGGACGAGGCGCUUCGGAUUGCGGCGGCUCACGGCUUCAUCCACGUGCUGCUGCACGGCAGCGCAUCGUCCUCCCGCAGGCUGGCCACCGCCGUCGUCGAGGCGCUCGCCGCCAACCACGCCCUGCUGGUCAACACCAUGGUUCGCGAGGGCGUGUUCGCCUACCUUCACCACACGAAGGAGCCAGCCGCCAAGGCCUCGACGGGCGCGGCUGCUGCCGCCGCCGCUGCCGGCGAGGGCGAGGACGGUGCGUCUUCGCACAAGAACCACGGCCGCGAGCUCCGCAGGCUGCUGCAGGCCGCCUCCGCCUUCGCCGAGGAUCUGCCGGUCGAUGACCGACAGCGGGCGCUCGUCGGCCUGCUGGUCCUCGCGCACCACCCGGACCUGCUCGAUCACGGCACGACGUGCUUCAUGGACCUCUGCUUCCGCGCCAAGGUGCUGCCGAUCGACCUCGUCACGGCCAAGCUGCAGGACCUGCUGGCGGCGCUGCGGAGCGCCAUCGACGACCCGCACCUGGCCGAUGCCGGGUACGCGGGCAUGACGACGCUGGCGAGGAUGUCGCCGGACGAGGUCAUGGCGCAGCUCGUCUCGUCGAUCGAGACCGACAUCCAGUGCGACGAAAUCGCCCGCCUGACGCAGGAGGAGCUCGGCAUCUGGCGCACCGAGCCGGGCACGCUGUUCGUCGACGUCCUCUCGGCCAAAAAGGAGCCGACCAACGAGCGCGCCAAAAAGGACACGAGCAUCGAAAAGUGGGAGGCCGAGAUCCGCGAGCAGAUUGCCAAGAAGAAGGCGGCCGCCAACAAGACGCUCACAAAGGACCAGAAGGCGACGGUCGACGCGCAGACCAAGGUCGAGAACGAGACGCGGGCGCGCGUCGAGGAGCUGCGGCAGCGGCUGGUGAGGUCGCUCAAGACUGUCUCGAGCCUGGUGGGCGCGCGCGCCGAAGAGCUGCAGGGCUACAUGCAGAGCCUCGUCGGCCUCGUCCUCGACGUCCUGCGCGUGCCUCAGGCUACGCUGCUGGUCGGCGCCGAGGCCAAGGAGGCCUUCUGGGCGCUCUCGAGCUGCACCUCGACCCGCCUCGACAUCUACUCGAUGUUUGCCGGCGUCGCCAUCCUGCGCACCAUCGACGAAGAGCUCGUCGCCGAGGAUCUGCGCCAGGAGCCCAUCGAGGAGCUCGUCCUCCGCAUCCUCUACCGCCUCCGCUUCCUCUCGGAGCAGGCGCCCCUCGACCCGGGCAGCGUCGCCUUCAUCAACCCGCUGGUCGUCGCCAUCGUCCAUGCGGGCGGCCUUGGCGUCAAGCCCGACGACACCGACUCGGUGCUCGAGCAGAUCCAGCUGGUGCUCGACUUUAUGAGCUUCCACGGCUCGGCGUGCGAGGACGCCCGCUACCCGCGCUCCUCGUUCAUCGACAGCCUCGUCCACAUCGUCGCCCGCCACUCGCAGAUCGCCAAGGACGCCGUCGCCGCGCUGCGGGACCUGGGAGAGGCCAUCCGCACCUCGACGCUGCCGCAGGAGCUGCAGAAGCUCCUCGACAACCUGAUGGUCGACGAAGUCUACGUCCGCAACGGCUGCCUCCAGGCCAUCCAGCCCCUCGACCUGACCGACCUCGAGUUCCCGCGCGAGCUCUGGCUGGCCUGCCACGACGACGAUGAGAACAACGCCCGCCUGGCCGAAAAGGCGUGGGACGAGAACGCGCUCGACGUGCCGGCCGACUUUGCCGGCGCGCUGGUGCCGCUGCUCGAGCACAAGAACGCCUACGUGCGCCAGAGCUGCGCCCGCGCUCUCGCCGAGGCCACCCGCGUGCACCCGGAGCAGGUGACGUUGGUCGUCGCCGCGCUGUGCAGCCUCUACCGCGAGAGGAACAAGCCGCUGGCGCCCGAGUACGACCGCUUCGGCAUGGUCAUCGAGUCGACCAUGAACCGCGAGGACCCGUGGAAGACGCGCGCCGCUAUCGCCACGGCGCUCAAGUACCAGGCCGAGUUCCUGCAGGGCACCGACGUCGCGCCCUUUUUCGACUUUGCUAUUGCCGGCCAGGCGCUCGGCGACCGCAACGACGACGUCCGCGAAAAGAUGCUCGACGCCGCCUCGACCGUCGUCGACCUCCACGGCGCCGACCACAUCUCGGAGCUCAUCAACAUGUUCGAGGCCUUCUUUGCCCACCCGGCCUCGACGUCGGACGACAACGACGGCGUGACCGAGGCCGUCGUGAUCCUGCUCGGCCGCGAGGCGCGCCACCUAGCGGCCACCGACGGCCGCAUCAGCAAGGUCGUCGACCGCCUGAUCGACGCGCUCAAGACGCCCUCGGAGCUGGUCCAGUCGGCCGUGGCCGACUGCCUGCCCCCGCUCUGCCAGGCCAUCAGCAAAGACGUGCCGCGCCUGUUCGAUUCGCUCUUUGACCAGCUAUUCCACGGCGCCAAGUACGCCGAGCGCCGCGGCGCCGCCUACGGCCUGGCCGGUCUCGUCAUGGGCCGCGGCAUCGGCAGCGUCAAGGAGUUUGGCGUGAUGCGCCGGCUCUCGUCGGCCGUGGGCGAGAAGGCGGCCACCACCCGCCAGGGCGCCAUGUUCGCCUUCGAAACCUUGACCAUCACGCUCAAGACGCUGUUCGAGCCGUACAUUGCCGAGAUCCUGCCGCACCUGCUGGCCGGCUACGGCGACGGCUCGGCCGACGUGCGCGAGGCCACCGAGGACGCGUCGCGCGCCAUCAUGCAGACGGUGUCGGGCCACUGCGUCAAGAUGAUUCUGCCGACGCUGCUCGAGGGGCUCGAGGAGAAGCAGUGGAGGACCAAGAAGGGCGCCAUCGAGCUGCUGGGCGCCAUGGCCUAUUGCGCGCCGCGCCAGCUGUCGGUGUCGCUGCCCACCGUCAUCCCGCGGCUGAGCGAGGUGCUGACCGACUCGCACACCCAGGUCCGCACCGCCGCCAACAAGAGCCUCAAGCAGUUCGGCGAGGUCAUCAGCAACCCCGAGAUCAAGGACCUCGUCCCCAUCCUCCUCAAGGCGCUCAUCGACCCCAACACCAAGACGCCCGCCGCCCUAAAGGGCCUCCUCGAGACAUCAUUUGUCCAUUACAUCGAUUCGCCGUCGCUGGCGCUGCUGGUGCCCAUCAUCGAUCGCGGCCUCAAGGAGCGCAGCGCCACGGUCCAGCAGAACGCGGCCCGCAUUGUGGGCAACCUGGCCGGCCUCACCGACUCCAAGGACUUUGUGCCGUACCUCGGCAAGCUGAUCCCCAUGGUGCGCGUGGUGCUCGUGUCGCCGGUGCCCGAGGCGCGGGCGGUGGCCGCCAAGGCGCUCGGCACGCUCGUCGAGCGGCUCGGCGAGGUCCACUUUGUCGACCUGGUCCCCUCGCUGCUGCAGGUGCUCCGCUCCGACGCGACGGGCGUCGACCGCCAGGGUGCGGCCCAGGGCCUCGCCGAGGUGCUGGCGGGUCUCGGCAUGGAGCGCAUGGAGAACCUGCUGCCGGAGAUUAUCAACAGUGCCUCGAGUGCGCGCGCCUACGUGCGCGAGGGCCACAUCUCGCUCCUCAUCUACCUGCCUGCCACCUUUGGCCACCGGUUCGCCCCGCACCUCGGCCGCAUCAUCCCUCCCAUCCUCGGCGGCAUCGCCGACGAGACCGAAAGCGUCCGCGAGGCCUCGAUGCGCGCCGGCCGCAUGAUCAUUGCCAACUACUCGUCCAAGGCCGUCGACCUGCUGCUGCCGCACCUCGAGCAGGGCCUCUUCGACGAGAGCUGGCGCAUCCGCAUGUCAUCGCUGCAGCUCAUCGCCGACCUCCUCUUCCGCCUGUCGGGCAUCUCGGGCAAGAACGAGGUCGAGCAGGACGACGCCGACGAGAACAACGAGGCCAUCGCCGUCAACAACUCGGUGCAGCGCGCCCUCGUCGAGGCGCUGGGCCAGGAGCGCAGGGACCGCAUCCUCGCCUCGAUCUACAUUGUGCGCCAGGACCCCAACAUCCCCGUCCGGCAGGCGGCCAUCCACACCUGGAAGGCGCUCGUCCACAACACGCCGCGGACGGCGCGCGAGGUGCUGCCGACGAUGCUCGACAUCCUCAUCAAGUCGCUCGCCUCUAACGGCGACGAGAACCGCGAGAUGGCGGCGCGCACGCUCGGCGAGCUGGUCAAGAAGCUGGGCGAAAAGAUCCUGCGCGAGACGAUCCCCAUCCUGCGGAUGCGCGGCGCCACGUCCGACGACGCCAAGACGCGGUCGGGCGUCUGCUUUGCCGUCACCGAGAUCCUGGCCAACUCGACCAAGACGCAGCUCGAGGACCACGAGGACGCCAUCAUCGCCGUCGUCCGCCACGCUCUCGUCGACGAGUCGCAGAUGGUGCGCCACGCCGCCGCCCAGGCCUUUGACGCCACGCAGCAGUACAUCGGUCCGCGCGCCAUCGACGAGACGAUCCCGACGCUGCUCGAGGCGCUGUCGGACACGAGCGGCGGCACCUCGGAGACGGCGCUGGCGGCGCUGCGCGAGGUCAUGCGGGCGCGCGCCGACGUCGUCUUCCCCGUCCUGGUGCCGACGCUCAUCGCGCAGCCCAUGACGUCGUUCAACGCGCGCGCGCUGGCGGUGCUCGUCAAGGUGGCGGGCACCGCGCUCAACCGGCGCCUGUCCAACAUCCUCACGGCGCUCUCCAAGGCGCUGCAGUUGGAAAAGGACGAGGCGGUUGUGGCCGACCUCGACUCGGCCAUCGAGGCCAUCUUUGCUUCGAUCUCGGACGUCGACGGCCUGCACCAGACCAUGAUCCAGCUGCUCGGCUGGGCCGGCUCCAACGUGUCGCCGCAGCAGCGCGUCGCGGGCUGCCGCUUUUUCAAGACGUUCUGCACCGUCAAGCGCGCCUCGAUCGACCUGUCCGACUACCUCGUCGACUGGAUCCGCAAGCUCGUCACGCUCUUUGACGACCCGGUGCCCGAGGUGGUCGAGGCGGCGUGGGAGGCGCUCGAGGCGUGCCUCAAGACGGUGUCCAAGGAGGAGAUGGAGGGCCUGGUGGUGCCGCUGCGCCGCACCCUCGAGGGCGUCGGCUCGCCGGGCAAGCACCUGGCCGGCCUCUGCCGACCCAAGGGCGCCGGUCCGCUGGUGCCCGUCUUCCUGGCCGGCCUCAUGAACGGCACGGCCGAGCAGCGCCAGUACGGUGCGCUGGGCCUGUCGGACAUUGUCGAGCGCACGUCGCCCGAGGCCAUCAAGCCGUUCGUCACGUCCAUGAUCGGACCGCUGAUCCGGCUGUGCGGCGACCGCCACCCUCCGCCGGUCAAGGCGGCCAUCCUGACGUCGCUCGACACCAUGGUGCGCCACAUCCCCGCCCUGGUGCGCCCCUUCUACCCGCAGCUGCAGCGCUCCUACCAGAAGGCGGUGUCGGACGCAUCGAGCAACACGGUGCGCAGCCGCGCCGGCAUCGCGCUGGGCAGCCUGAUGGCGCUCCAGGCGCGCGUGGACCCCGUCAUCCUCGAGCUGGUGCAGGGUGCGCGGUCGGGCUUUGUCGGCCUCGGUGGAGGCACGGGCGGCGACGACGGGGCCGCCGGAGCGGGCGCGGGUGCAGGCGAGACGGGCGAGAUUGCCGAUUCGUUCGCUCAGGCCCUGGCGCAGGUGCUGGCCAAUGCGCCCUCGAAGAAUGUCGGUGCGCCGUCGCGCGAGGCCAUCAUGAACCUGCUCGAGUCGGCCUUUGAGGCGUCGACCAGCGAGGACCUCAAGGACGCCUUCAAGCAGGGCAUGGCCGAGGUGGUCGGGUCGUUGGUCAAGCUCGACGCCGACAUGGGCCGGCGCGCAUUCACCACGCUCGUCGUCGAUGCGCGCGCCGGCGACGCGGCGCUGCAGAGCCUCUGUAUCCGCGCCGCCCUCGAGCGCGACCCGCAGGCGCUCCACGACCUCGGUCUCGCCGACGACAUCGUAAAGACGAUCGCGGGCUGGGUCGGUGAGGCCUCGGCCAUCUCGAGACCGGCAAAGGAGAGCCGCGAACUCGUCAAGCACUCGGCCACGUGGAGCGCCGAGGCCAGAAACGCCGAUUGGAUCUAG